CAGAGGGUUGUACCCCCCAGUGAACGACAUUUCACAUGGGUACACAUUCAGACCGCAGACUGAUACUGACCAAUAUAAGCUAUCCUACGGAACAGGUUGAAACUAGUUUUCGUGCGUUUUAAGUUCUUCUUAAGUUGCUCGUGUGUAAAUGCCCCACAAAGCAUGGAUAGCAAAACAAACGUUUGGUUAGCACAUAUUUCAGCUUCCAGCUAGUUUUGAGUUCUUGUUGACUAGCUAUUAAGCUAGCAACUUAUGGUUGUUGUGUACUUGGAGAAAAAAGUCAGCUAGCAUGCUAGCAAAACACUGCUGGCACGCUUGGCAGCAUCCAGAUGUGCAUGCUACCUGCGCACAGUGCGCAGCUGCACUAAUCAACCUGAUGACGUCAUGGGCGUGGACUGCAAGGCGACCACAGCCAUGAGCGCAGGAGAGGGACUAGAUGAGGCUGCGAAGGACGCGGCAGACAUAGCGGCGUUUUUCAAAUCCGAUUGCUCUCUUCCAAAAUGUGAAUCAAAACUGGACGGCCCAGGUCAAACCUCAGGGUUUCAUCGCAAUGAGGAUAUGAAGGCCAUCGAUGUGCUUCCCAUCCUCAAGGAGAAAGUCGCCUUCCUCUCAGGUGGCCGAGACAGACGCGGAGGUCCCGUUCUCACCUUUCCAGCACGAAGUAACCAUGACAGAAUACGACCUGAAGAUCUGCGCCGCCUCAUAGCUUACCUGGCUACUAUUCCCAGUGAGGAGGUCGCCCGACAUGGCUUCACAGUCAUUGUGGACAUGCGUGGUUCUAAGUGGGACAGCAUCAAGCCCCUGCUGAAGAUCCUCCAGGAGUCUUUUCCUUCCUGUAUUCACGUCGCUCUCAUCAUCAAGCCGGACAACUUCUGGCAAAAGCAAAGAACCAACUUCGGCAGCUCCAAGUUUGAAUUUGAGACGGUGAUGGUCUCCUUAGAGGGUUUAUCCAAGAUUGUGGAUCCAUCCCAGCUGACAGCUGACUUCGAGGGCAGCUUAGAGUACAACCAUGAUGACUGGAUUGAGGUGCGGCUGUCUUUCGAGACCUUUGCCAGCGACGCAGCGCGGGCACUGUCACGCCUGGAGGAGCUCCAGGACACCUUGUCCCAGCGUGAUCUCCCGCGGGACCUGGAGGGGGCUCGGAGGCUCAUGGAGGAGCACGCAGGGCUGAAGAAAAGGGCCACAAAGGCAUCAGUGGAGGAGCUGGAUGUGCAGGGACGCAGGCUGCUACAGAGGCUGCAAUCACACAAUGUAGGGGGAAGUAGCGGUGAUAGCGGAUAUGGAAACCGCACGGGUGGAGCUAGCGGAGACUCAAAUGACCAUCAUCAUGGCUUCCAUACGCACGCAGACGCACACAACCUGGUAGCUAAGGUGACAGGCUUGUUAGACAAGCUGCACGGGACUCGUCAGAAUCUGCAGCAGCUGUGGCACAUGAGGAAGCUGAAGCUGGACCAGUGUUUCCAGCUGCGUCUGUUCGAACAAGACGCAGAAAAGAUGUUCGAUUGGAUCAUGCACAACAAGGGGCUUUUUCUCACCAGCUACACAGAGAUUGGAGGGAACCACCAGCACGCCGUCGAGCUGCAAACCCAGCACAACCAUUUUGCUAUGAACUGCAUGAACGUGUAUGUGAACAUCAAUCGGAUCAUGUCAGUAGGAAACCGCCUCCUGGAGUCGGGCCACUACGCCUCCCAGCAGAUCCAGCAGAUCUCAGGUCAGCUGGAGCAGGAGUGGAAGGCCUUUGCUGCAGCGCUGGAUGAACGCAGCACCCUGCUAGAGAUGUCCGCCAGCUUCCACCAGAAAUCUGACCAGUACAUGACUAAAGUGGAGCCGUGGUGUAAGGCAUGCGGUGAAGGGGAGCUGCCCUCUGAACUCCAGGACCUGGAAGAUACAAUCCAUCAUCACCAGGGAUUAUAUGAACACAUCACCACUGCGUACUCUGAGGUAAGCCAGGAUGGGAAGUCUCUUUUGGAUAAACUGCAGCGACCUUUGACCCCUGGAAGUGCUGAUUCAUUGAUGGCGUCGGCCAACUACUCCAAAGCUGUGCACCACGUCCUGGAUAUCAUCCACGAGGUGCUGCAUCACCAGAGGCAGCUGGAAAACAUCUGGCAGCAUCGCAAAGUCCGCCUGCAUCAACGGCUGCAGCUGUGUGUCUUUCAGCAGGAUGUCCAGCAAGUGCUGGACUGGAUAGAAAACCACGGUGAGGCCUUUCUCAGUAAACACACUGGGGUUGGGAAGUCGUUGCACAGAGCCAGGGCUCUGCAGAAGAGACAUGAAGACUUUGAGGAGGUUGCACAGAACACCUACACCAAUGCUGACAAGCUACUGGAGGCAGCAGAGCAGCUGGCACAGACCGGAGAGUGUGACCCAGAGGAAAUAUACCAGGCAGCCCACCAGCUAGAGGAUCGCAUCCAGGACUUUGUGCGACGUGUCGAGCAGCGUAAAGUCCUGCUGGACAUGUCUGUUGCCUUUCACACACACGUCAAAGAGCUGUGGACAUGGUUGGAGGAGCUACAGAAGGAACUGCUGGAUGAUGUUUAUGCCGAGUCGGUGGAAGCAGUGCAGGACCUGAUCAAGCGUUUCGGACAGCAGCAGCAGACCACCCUGCAGGCGACUGUCAAUGUCAUCAAGGAAGGGGAGGACCUCAUUCAGCAGCUCAGAGACUCGGCCAUCUCGAGCAACAAGACGCCCCACAACAGCAGCAUGGCCCACAUCGAGAGCGUGCUGCAGCAGUUGGACGAGGCGCAAGGCCAGAUGGAGGAGCUGUUCCAGGAGAGGAAGAUCAAGCUCGAGCUCUUCCUCCAGCUUCGUAUCUUUGAAAGGGACGCCAUUGAUAUUAUCUCAGACCUGGAGUCAUGGAACGAGGAGCUGUCCCAGCAGAUGAGUGACUUUGACACAGAGGACCUGACACUGGCUGAACAGAGGCUACAGCAUCAUGCAGACAAGGCACUCACCAUGAACAACCUCACUUUUGACGUCAUUCACCAGGGACAGGAGCUGCUGCAGUAUGUCACAGAGGUGCAGGCAUCAGGCGUGGAGCUGUUAUGCGACAGAGAUGUGGACAUGGCCACGCGGGUCCAGGACCUGCUCGAGUUUCUCCACGAGAAGCAGCAGGAGUUGGACUUGGCAGCUGAGCAGCACAGGAGACAUCUGGAGCAGUGUGUACAAUUACGGCAUCUGCAGGCUGAAGUCAAACAGGUGCUGGGUUGGAUCCGAAAUGGCGAGUCCAUGCUGAACGCUGGUCUUAUCACAGCCAGUUCGCUACAAGAAGCCGAGCAGCUGCAAAAGGAACAUGAACAAUUCCAACAUGCCAUAGAGAAAACCCAUCAGAGUGCGCUGCAGGUACAGCAGAAAGCUGAGGCCUUACUCCAGGCUAACCACUAUGACAUGGAUAUGAUCAGGGACUGUGCAGAAAAGGUGGCGGACCACUGGCAGCAGCUGAUGUUAAAGAUGGAAGAUCGACUCAAGCUGGUGAAUGCCUCUGUGGCCUUCUACAAGACCUCUGAACAGGUGUGCAGCGUGUUGGAAAGCCUGGAGCAGGAGUACAAGAGAGAGGAAGACUGGUGUGGUGGGGCUGAUAAACUGGGUCCUAACAGUGAUUCAGAUCACGUCACUCCAAUGAUCAGCAAACAUCUCGAGCAGAAAGAAGCCUUCCUCAAGGCCUGUACAUUAGCCAGACGUAAUGCUGACGUCUUCUUGAAGUACCUGCACAGGAACAGCGUCAACAUGCCCGGCAUGUUGUCCCAUGUCAAAGCUCCAGAGACUCAGGUUAAAAACAUUUUAAACGAGUUGCUGCAGAGGGAGAACAGAGUGCUCCACUUCUGGACGAUGAGGAAACGCAGGCUGGACCAGUGCCAGCAAUAUGUGGUGUUUGAACGCAGCGCAAAACAGGCCCUGGAGUGGAUCCAUGACACUGGGGAGUUUUACCUGUCCACACACACUUCCACCGGCUCCAGCAUUCAUCACACGCAAGAGCUGCUAAAAGAGCACGAAGAUUUCCAGAUUACAGCAAAGCAAACCAAAGAGCGGGUGAAGCUGUUGAUCCAGCUGGCGGAUGGGUUUUGUGACAAGGGCCACGCCCAUGCCCUGGAGAUAAAAAAAUGGGUGUCCUCGGUGGACAAGCGCUACAGGGACUUCUCUCUCCGCAUGGACAAAUACCGAACCUGCCUGGAAUCAGCGCUCGGCAUUUCUUCUGACUCCAACAAGGCUAGCAAAGAGCUGCAACUGGACAUCAUCCCAGCCAGUGCUCCGGGGUCAGAGGUCAAGUUGAGGGAUGCUGCCCAUGAACUGAACGAGGAGAAGAGGAAGUCAGCACGGAGAAAAGAAUUUAUAAUGGCUGAGCUGAUCCAAACAGAGAAAGCGUAUGUCAGAGACCUACGGGAGUGUAUGGAUACGUACCUGUGGGAGAUGACAAGCGGCGUGGAGGAGAUCCCUCCUGGUAUUGUCAACAAGGAACACAUCAUAUUUGGGAACAUGCAGGACCUCUAUGAGUUUCAUCACAAUAUCUUCCUGAAGGAGUUGGAGAAGUAUGAGCAGCUACCAGAGGAUGUUGGCCAUUGUUUUGUGACUUGGGCUGACAAAUUCCAGAUGUAUGUGAACUACUGCAAGAACAAGCCCGACUCUACUCAGCUCAUCCUGGAACAUGCAGGGCCGUACUUUGAUGAAAUCCAACAAAGACAUCGCCUUGCCAACUCCAUCUCCUCUUACCUGAUCAAACCAGUCCAGAGAAUCACCAAAUACCAGCUCCUCCUCAAGGAGCUGUUGACGUGCUGUGAGGAGGGUAAGGGUGAGAUAAAGGACGGUCUUGAAGUGAUGCUCAGUGUGCCAAAGAGAGCCAACGAUGCCAUGCAUCUCUCUAUGCUGGAUGGCUUCGACGGGAACAUUGACUCUCAGGGAGAGUUAAUUCUCCAGGAUUCCUUCCAGGUUUGGGAUCCAAAGACUCUGAUCCGAAAGGGUCGUGACCGGCACCUCUUCCUCUUUGAGAUGUCUCUGGUCUUUAGCAAAGAAGUCAAAGACUCCAACGGACGCAGCAAGUACCUGUACAAGAGCAAGCUCAUUACAUCUGAGCUCGGGGUGACAGAGCAUGUGGAAGGAGAUCCUUGCAAGUUUGCCUUGUGGGUGGGCAGGACCCCGACCUCGGACAACAAGAUCGUCCUCAAGGCUUCAAGUAUUGAGAACAAGCAAGACUGGAUUAAACACAUUCGAGAGGUCAUCCAGGAGCGAACUGUCCACCUGCGUGGAGCUUUGAAGGAACCGAUUCACAUCCCUAAAGCUACAACAAGCAAACAUAAAGGCAGACGGGAUGGAGAGGAGCUGGACAGCCAGGGAGACGCCAGCAGCCAACCGGAUACUAUCUCAAUUGCCUCACGUACAUCCCAGAACACACUGGACAGUGACAAGCUGUCCGGUGGCUGUGAGCUGACGGUGGUGAUCCAUGACUUCUUGGCCAGUAACGGCGGCAGCACUGGAGAGCUGACGGUACGCCGAGGCCAGACUGUGGAGGUCCUGGAGCGACUCCAUGACAAGCCGGACUGGUGCCUGGUGCGGACAACAGACCGCUCUCCAGCUCAGGAGGGCAUCGUACCCUGCUCAAUGCUCUGUAUCGCUCACUCCAGGUCCUCCAUGGAGAUGGAGGGGCUCUUCAACCACAAAGAUACCUUGUCUGUAUCCAGUAACGAUGCCCUCCAGCCAGGCUCCAGUCAAACCCUGGGUCCUCACAGCUCACCAGGCCCCAAACGUCCAGGAAACACCUUGAGGAAGUGGCUGACCAGCCCCGUGAGGAGGCUCAGCUCCGGCAAAGCUGAUGGCCACGUCAAGAAGCUGGCCCACAAGCACAAGAAGAACCGUGAUGGCACGAGGAAGAACAUGGACACCAUCCCAGGCUCGCAGAAGGACUCAGACGACAGUGCGGCCACGCCACAGGAUGAGACCCUGGAGGAACGCAUGCGUAACGAGGGUCUGAGCAGUGGAACCCUUUCCAAGUCUUCCUCAUCAGGCAUGCAGAGCUGCGGCGAGGAGGAAGGAGAGGAGGGGGCCGAUGCUGUCCCUCUACCUCCCCCUAUGGCCAUCCAGCAACACAGCCUGCUGCAGCCUGACUCCCAGGAUGACAAGUCGGCAUCUCGUCUCUCCGCUCGUCCCAACAGCUCAGAGACUCCCAGUGCUGCAGAGCUGGUCAGUGCCAUUGAAGAGCUGGUGAAGAGCAAGAUGUCACUGGAGGAUCGUCCCAGUUCGCUGUCAGUAGAGCAGGGCGACAGCAGCUCCCCCUCCCUCAACCCCUCCGACAACUCCCUCCUCUCCUCUUCCUCACCCAUCGACGAGGUCGAAGAGCGCAAGUCUGGCUUCCUAAAGAGGAGACAUUAUGUGCUUCUGGAGCUGGUGGAGACUGAGAGGGACUAUGUCAGAGAUCUGGGAUCAGUGGUGGAGGGCUACAUGAGCAGGAUGAAAGAGGAAGGAGUGCCCGAUGACAUGAGAGGAAAAGACAAGAUUGUCUUUGGAAACAUCCAUCAGAUCUACGACUGGCACAAAGAUUUUUUCUUGGCAGAGCUUGAGAAGUGUUUGGAGGAUCCUGACAGGCUGGCUACUUUAUUCAUCAAACAGGAGCGAAGACUACACAUGUACAUCGUGUACUGCCAGAACAAGCCGAAAUCUGAGCACAUCGUUUCAGAGUACAUCGACACUUACUUUGAAGACCUGAAGCAGCGGUUGGGCCACAGAUUGCAGAUCACUGACCUGCUGAUCAAACCUGUCCAGCGUAUAAUGAAGUACCAGUUAUUACUGAAGGAUCUUUACAAAGUGUCUAAGAAAGCUGGAGCGGAUACAACAGAGCUGGAGAAAGCUGUAGAGGUGAUGUGUGUGGUCCCCAAACGCUGCAAUGACAUGAUGAAUGUCGGGCGCCUUCAAGGUUUUGAAGGUAAAAUUGUGGCGCAGGGCAAACUGCUCCUCAUAGACACCUUCAUGGUGUCAGACCAGGACGGAGGACUUUUGUCCAGAAUGAAGGAGAGGAGAGUGUUCUUGUUUGAGCAGAUUGUCAUCUUCAGCGAGCCUCUGGACAAAAAGAAGGGCUUUUCUACUCCUGGCUACCUCUUCAAGAACAGCAUCAAGGUGAGCUGGUUGGGUUUAGAAGAAAAUGCAGAAGACCCCUGCAAGUUCACACUCACCUCUAGAUCAUCUAGUGGAAACCUGGAGAGGUACACCCUCCAUUCAACGAACCCUGGAGUCAGUCAAGUCUGGGUCCACCAGGUCAGCCAGAUACUAGAGAACCAGCGCAAUUUCCUAAACGCUCUAACAUCCCCCAUAGAGUACCAGAGGAACCACGUGGGUGGUGGCGGUCCAGGUGGUCCACCCGGCAGUAGCAGCAGUUGUACUGGAGGCCUGCCAGGAGGAAGCAGCUCCAACAGCACCAACAUGGGAGGGGGAGGAGGCGGCGGUGGGCCUGGAGAAAACAGCUCCUCCUCCCUGUGCGGCCCUCGCUCCCGACCCUCCCGCAUUCCCCAGCCAUCCUCACGUCUCCCCCAGCCUGUCCACCACCACCACCCGCCGGGUCCCGAGGGGCCCGACAGGUCAGCAGGUAUGUGGUCCCCCUGCCACCCUCAGUCCCUCCACCCCUCUAACCCUUUCUUAGACAGCAGCACAAAUGGAGAGCUGCUGGCCUCAGAUGUGCCUAAGAUGAGGAGGCUGGAUGGUUCUCAUGGGUGUAACAGUAAUAACAGUAACAGGCCAGCAGACAGCAUGGACGGUGCUGUCAGAGCUGGUCUCGGGGGCUUUGAAGAAACACAGAAACAUCAAUCAGCUGGGAUACCACAGAUGGCCGUGGCUCCUCUGAAUUUACCCCUAAAGAGCUCUAGAGUCGGGACAGUCUCUCCUCUGAUUUCACCUCAGUCCCCAGGAGGAGGAGGGGGAGGAAAGGAGCCACUCAUUCCCCCCAGCCCUGCUCAUAAAGGCAACUCUUUCUGGGCGAUGGUCCCUCCAAUCCCUCCCUCUCCAGCCAGCCGGCCUGGUUCCUUCUCCUACCCUAGUGACUCCACCAGUGGAGGUGGUGGGGAUUCUUUGGGCAGAGGAAGCCACGGGACUCCCUCUCAUCACCGCCACUCCACCCACAGUAAGGACAUUGACCGCAUGAGUACCUGCUCCUCCACCAGCGAGCAGUCCAUACACUCCACCCAGAGCAACGGGAGUGAAAGCAGUAGCAGCAGCAGUGUGUCCACCAUGUUGGUGACCCAGGACUAUGUGGCAGUGAAGGAGGAUGAGAUCAGUGUGGCGCAGGGUGAGGUGGUCCAAAUGUUAGCCAGCAACCAGCAGAACAUGUUUCUGGUGUACCGUGCGGCCAAUGAGCACUGUCCGGCUGCUGAGGGCUGGAUCCCUGGCUAUGUAUUAGGACACACCUCAUCCUCCACCACGCCCGAACUCCCUGAAGGAACCAUCAAGAAAUCAUUAUCAUGGCACACAGCGCUCCGUAUCCGCCGAAAGUCAGAGAAGCGAGACAAAGAAGGCAGGAAGAUGGAGAACGGUUACCGCAAGUCUCAGGACAGCCUGGCUAACAAAGUCUCCGUCAAGCUCCUAAAUCCUAACUUCAUCCACGAUGCUCCUCCAGAGUUUCUCGUCCCUGUCAGCGAUGUAGCAUGUGAAAGUGGCGACAGUAUCACCCUAAGGUGCAGAGUGUGUGGUCGACCUCGGGCCACUGUCACCUGGCGAGGACCCGACAACAACACUCUGACCAACAAUGGACACUACAGCAUUACUUACAGCGAGACAGAAGAGGCCGUUCUUCGGAUCCUUGGAGUGUCUGUAGAGGACAGUGGUGUGUACACUUGCGUUGCCACAAACGUAGCUGGCUCUGUCACCUCCUCCGCCAGCCUCAGAGUCACAGGAGCCCCAGAUGAUGGCAGUGAAGGCCUCUGGAAAAACAACUUUGAGUCCCACUACACUGAGAUCACUGAACUAGGAAGGGGCCGUUUCUCAGUGACUAAGCGAUGUGACCAGAGAGGGAGUAAACGGACGGUCGCAGCAAAGCAUGUGAACAAGAAACUGCUGCGACGAGACCAGGUCCUGCAGGAGAUCAGACUCCUGCAGUCUCUGGACCAUCCCAACCUGGUCAGACUGCUGGACACGUAUGAGACGACCAGCAGCUUCGUGAUCGUUCUGGAGAUGGCAGACCAGGGCCGUUUCCUGGACUACAUCGUGAGCUGGGGCAACCUGACGGAGGAGAAGGUGGCACUGUACCUGCGAGACAUUCUGGAGGCUCUCCACUACCUGCAUAGCUGGAGGAUAGCACACCUUGAUCUUAAGCCUGAGAACAUCGUGGUGGAGCAUGCAUCAUCCCAGCCGCUGAUCAAGCUGACAGACUUUGGUGACGCCGCUCAGCUGAACCCUUCCUCCUCUUACAUCCAUCCUCUCCUGGGGAGUCCAGAGUUCUCUGCUCCUGAGCUGGUCCUGGGUCAGCCUGUGUCUCUGACCUCUGACCUCUGGAGUUUAGGUGUGGUGACUUAUGUUUUACUAAGCGGUGCCUCUCCCUUCCUGGAUGAGAGUUUGGAGGAAACGUGUCUGAACAUCUGUCGCCUGGACUUCAGCUUCCCAGAGGACUACUUCCAGGGUGUGAGCUCGGCUGCCAAGGACUUUGUGUGUCUGCUGCUCCAGGGCGAGCCAGAGCGACGACCCUCUGCAGGGUACUGCCUGCAGGAGGCCUGGCUCCAGCCUCCAGGUGUGAUAAACAGAGAAACUUUAAACCACACACAGCCUCCAUCUCCCAGCCGUCACACCCCACACCUGGACACCUCAAGACUCAUUUCCUUCAUCGAGAGGCGGAAACACCAGAACGAUGUUCGGCCAAUCGGCACCAUCAAAGCCUUCCUUCACAGCCGCCUGCUCAACCACAUGUAAUAAACGUGUGGUAGAGAUGACUGCCUGUCCUGCAUUUUGAAGGAUGAGUGACAGAUCAGUUCACAUUAGCUGCGUUAAAAUCCUUCCUGGGAGGACCACCAGCAACAUUUCCACAACGAUCACCUUACCCUUCACUAAGCCACAAAAGUCCUGCUGCUGCUGACUGAGCGACCUCUGCUGAUUAACCCUUUGACUCUCCCCCACCUCCCCUUGAACCCACGGCAUAUCGUCAUUAUGCCUGCACAACAAAUGAACUGCUGGAAUCUGUUUGAGAUUUCAAACCUUGACUUAGCAGGGAGUAAAACAAGCUUUCUCAACCCUCCAGCGUGAGCGAGUCUUGCGUUUGGGACAGUGUUAAACAGAGGAAACUAGAAUACUGUAAAAUAAGAGUACUUCAGGCUGCUUUGGGUUGAACACAAGAAAAUGUUUUUUUUUGUAACGAGAGAUUACUUUUUGUAAAUGAAACUAUGUACAGUGAGGUAACAGAGAACUGUCUUUAUUCAUACCUUUUGGAAACAAAGGUAAGUAGGUGUGUAGAGAGAAAACAAAAAGAACUGAGAUGUGUGAGCACCCAUCAGCAGGGUGUCACUUCUUCUGGAACUAAAUGAAGACCAAAACCACGUUUUCCAGAAACACGUUGUAGUUACAUUCAGUGCAAUAGUUUGCUUAUCUUUAAUCCCCGGUUCAGUUUGAGAGGAGAAAUCAUUUCAGUUUUUCACACGAAGAGAAACUAAAUUAACUUGAACAAGCAUUACAGCUAUUGGAAAGAAGCUUCUCAGAUUUCUAUCUGCAUCCGCCUUAUUUGUAAAUAACGUAUUACUGCCUUUCAUUCUCACUUUGAAGAAUUGAUCCGAAACAAACAAAAGCUAUUUCAUUCGCAGAGUAUUAGUGAGUUUCAGCAGCUGGAUCUCACUAUGAACAAACCGCUACUAGAAAUGCACUCGUAUUUUGCAUCAAUUCCCCCAUGUGCAAUGUUGCAGCUUUAACAUUUAUGCAACUAUUUAUGAAGACUUGUGUUGUAGCCGUAUUCUUAAAAAGGCAUGUACGUACCUGGUACUGCGCUAGAUGUCUGUAUUGUGUUAACUCUUCUGUAUUAAGUUCAGUAUUAAUAUCUGCAAAACUCCCAGUCAAGAGGAGGGAAUAAUGUAUGAAAAUGUGUAUCUAUAAAAUAUAGGCACUUAUGCUUUCAUUUUGUCAUGUUUUUAUUUUCUGUAACAAAACCAAAGUUGACUUUGCUUUCUUUUCCUGCUUCAAUGUGUUUCUUUUUAUGAUUUCUCAUGUUAAGUUAUACAAGACCAAACUGAACCCCAGACAUCUGCGUGUUUACAAAGGUUCAGUCUGGCUUUAUUUAUUCUUACUGUAAUUAGAAAUUGUUUGGUGGUUUAUUGCAGAGAAAAAGAAAACUAUUUCACUUGUAUUUUUAUUUUCAAGCUGUGCACAAAAGUGGUUUUCUGUGUGAGUUUGUUUGGCUUUUGUAGGUAGAUACUGGUGUAUGUGGCUAGAUUUUUUUAGCAUCUCAGUUUGGCGUCAUGAAGACAAACUUGGUCAACAUUUUUAACAAGGUAUAGGUCAUGAAAAAUGUCUCAUUGUGGCCCAUUCACCAUGGACUUUAAGUGAUUGGACAAUUCUACCUUAAAAGAGGCACCUACAUCUUUUACCACCAACAGUUCAAAUAUUCCCCCUCAAAAAACAGCACUCUGGAUUAUCUUUGAAGGUAACUUCAGUUAUUUUCAUUUGAAGUAGUUGAUGUUGUAGGUGAAGAAGUUGUUGAACACUUUGUCUUUUUUUUUUAAGUGCCAGUUGAUUGCUUCAAUCUACAGAGGUGGCCGAAAUAAACCCUAUCCUAUUUUAUUUGCAGGUUUUAAAAGGUUAAUGUCAGAGGAUCUGAUUUAACGUUAAAGAACAACAUGUUGAGUUCAAUGACUCGUGUUUGUCUGUUAAGUCAAAGUCUCUCAUUUUGUCUCAUUUUAAUUUAUUUGGUGUGGAUCUGGGUUUCCCAAAAUCAUGCUUUUAAUGACUUUAUCAAAUUCUGUUUCAAAGUAUUCAUGAAGGAUCAAAGUGAUGAAAUGCUUUUGGGAAACUCGGCCUACAUGUGAUGUAAAGAUGUACAGAGAGGGUGGGACACACGGUGUGUCUACACCCAGGAUGUAAACCUCAUAACUAUGUCAUAUUUUAAAUACACAUAGAACAAGACUGCAGCAAUGUCAUUUUGAAUGUCUUAUUAUUAUUAUGACUUAUUUUUACUUUUGCAUGUAUAUUUCUUUGUACAGAAGAUUGUGUUUACAUGUUACUGAGUGUUGUAAAUAUUUUAUUUUGUCCUUGGUUAUUUUGCCAUUAAACGUACAAGGAACCACG